AUGUCCAAAUACGACACCGAGCUCCAAGACUUCGGUAAUAUCUUCUCCCUUAAGGGAAAGGUGGUCGUUGUCACAGGCGGCUCUCGAGGUCUCGGUCUACAUGCAGCAUCUGGCUUCCUCCAGGCCGGUGCAUCUAAAGUCUACAUCACCUCCCGCAAAGCCUCCGCCUGCGAAUCCGCCGUCAAAGCCCUAAACGCUCUCCCCAACCUCUCCCCAGGCGCAAAGGCUAUCUCCGUACCCGCCGAUAUUGCAAAGUUCGAGGGCGUAGAGCAUCUGCUCAAGCAAGUGGCAGAGACGACCGAUCAUGUCGACAUCCUGUUUGCGAACGCGGGCGCGACAUGGGGUGAGGAAUUCGACAAACACUCCGACUCGGCUUUUGGCAAGGUGAUGGAUCUGAAUGUUAAGAGUGUCUUCAACACCAUUCGGGUCUUUACUCCGAUGUUGCAGAAGCAAGCAUCGAUUCUGGAUCCGUCGCGAGUCAUUGUCACAGCCUCCGUAGCUGGUAUCGCAAUUGGAUCCCUGGGAAAACAGGGUACUUACGGGUACUCCGCAUCGAAAGCAGCAGCCAUCCAUCUUUCCAAGAACUUGGCUGUAGAGCUGGGUCCCAGACACAUUCUCGUCAACGCCAUUGCGCCAGGCUUCUUCCCGAGUAAGAUGACGACCGGAAUUAUUGGAAUGUCCGGUGGUGAGGAGGCGAUUGCGGCUAAGAGCCCGAAUAGAAGGCUUGGGAAACCGGAGGAUAUUGCCGGCUUGGUCGUGUUCUUGAGCUCUAGGGCGGGUUCGCAUAUCAACGGAGCGGUCAUCACGGUUGAUGGAGGUGAGGUGUGGGCCAGAGGGGGGAUGUUCAAUAUGGUAAAGGAACAGGCCAAAUUGUGA